GGGUCACUCCUGUAUUAUUAUAAACCCAGGAGAAGGAGCUCCGUCCGUCACCUGCCGCUCUUUCACCUGCGUGCGUCAAUCACGUCGCUUCCCUGACCCAACGCUUUGGCCUGAGUGGCUGAGCCUUCAUCCGGGGGCGGGCGCUCCUCGAUGAAUCCUGAAAUCCCAUUGGACGAGGGGUUUCUUGGGUUGACGUGACGCAGCUUGGAAUUCCCAAAGUUCCCAAGUUCACGGGAGGAGAACGGCGUUUGAUUUAACGAGUAAGCAAGAGGGUUUGUAGAAGAUUAAAAAAAAAAAAACGCCAGCGACUGGACUUUAAGCAGGAUACGCUAAAGGUGAAUCUGUCUGGUGCUGUGCCAACCUGAGCCUCUAGAGGGCGAUGUCUGACAGCAGCAACAGCACAGGCAGCACUGGCUCCUCCGCCAACAGCUGGACCCUCCUCUCCCCUGAGGAGGGUGCCAUUGAGAAUGUCGGGCCUGCCGACGAUGGCACCGAGAGUCUGGGCGAUGCCCCCAGUCUGUCUGAGGAGGUGGCAGGAGCUGCUGCCGAGUACAAGCCAGCGGACCUUCCCGUAGAAACGGUUCUGUCUGAAGAAGGCCAUCAGGUUUGUCAGGAGACUUCCCCAGAGUCAGGCGAGGGUCCCGUCCCUUCCAGCCCUUCCCAAUUGAGCCCUCUUCCCCCCGACCCUCUCGAUUCCUCAUACCUCGACGCGGAGAGUCAGCCCCCAGUCAUCCACGACAUCGUAACCACCUCUCCCAGUGAUAAUGAGCCUCAAGGUGCCAUGCCUUUGGUCACCAGCAUUGAUCUGGUAGCUCAGCUCCACAUCCCAGCUGUUGAUGUUCCCCUAGCAGACCCCACAGCGUCUUCCUCUGCACCUCACGUGACCGAGGCCGCCACCACUGCUGAGCCUGUGCUCCACACGCCUGCUGAUUCUGGACCGCUGCCUGCGAGUCCUGCAGCCGGGAGUGACGCCUCGAGCGCUGAGACCGAGGUCAACGUCCCCACGGAGGCCCCGGCAUCCGCUGAGCCCCCGACAACCGCUGAGCCCCCGACAACCGCUGAGCCCCCGCUUCAUGUUGUAGAUGAGAUCAGCGGUGGUCCAGAGAGCGCGGAGCCUCCAAGCCCAGCCCCAGAGAGACUUACGACGGAACACCAAGCUGAGGAGAGUCCUGCGCCAGAGACGGUUGGCUCUGCCGAGACCGAAGAAGACGAGGCCGACGCCGAAAAGGACGAAGAAAUACCGUCUGAGUCACCGAACGUGGAUGAAGAGGAGGAAGAGGAAGAGCAGUCCAGCGGCUUGGAGUUGGGCGACGCGAGCGGCUUUGAUGAUGGACUGAGGAGGAGGAAUGUUCCCUCCUUUGAAGCGCCAAGGCCAAGAACCUCUGACGAGGAGGACGACGAAGAGGAGGUGGAAUUCAUGAUGGCCGAGAAGAGGGAGGAGAAGCCGUGGUUCUCCAUGAACAAAUGCAUAGUGGCUGCUUUGGUGCUGCUCUUCUUAGGUUCCCUGUUCCUGUCAGGGGACAUUGACGGCCCCGAAUUGAGCGACGGAGAAGAAAACCAGGACUGGCUUAGCGGUGAUCCACAGGAUAUGAAAGAGCUCCUGGACAAACUAACGGAGGAAAACCAACAGAUCACUCAGCUGGAGGUUCAGCUACAGACUAAGCAGGAAGAACUCGACUCGGAGAUGAAGGCGGUGGCUGAGAGUGGCGAUGAACAGGGCAAGGCAGAUUUGGAAGAAGAAAAUUCAAAGCUGAAGGAGGAGCUGUCGGUCCUGCCUGAGCUGAAGAAGGAACUGGAGAGUCUGAGGGCCCGAGUGACUGAACUCAGCCAGCUCACAGGAAUGGUGUCGCCUGCUUCCAGCUCGGCUUCUCAGCCUGACGCCGAAGACGCUCAGAGUUCCCAUAAAGCAGCCGGACCAGAGUGGAGGAAGGACGGAAAGCUGAAGGAAGAGCUCCAGCGCCAGAAGGUUCUUUUGGACGAGAGCAAGAAGAGACUGGAAGGGAUGAAAAAGGAUGGAAGUGAUGGAAAACAAGUUUGGGAGAACCUAGAGGGGAUCCAGAAGAAGCUCUCCGAACAGGUCGAGAGGUGGGAGAAGACAAAGCCACAGGGGCCAAAAUGGAAAGGCAAAAAAGACAAAAAGCAGGAGCGGGACCACCGGAAGAAGGAGGUGAAGAAGGAGACGAAGCACAGCAAAGAGGAGAAGAAGGAAAACGAGUGGAAACCCCAAAAAGAAAGCUCCCACAAAGAAGCCUGGAGGAAACACCAGGACGAGUGGCAGAGGAAGAAGGGUGAGCGCAGGAUGGACCGGGAGCAAAGGAGGAAGGAGAAGCCGUGGCACAGCCGGCCGGGUAAAAGCCCCCACCACCACCAUCAGCAGCCCCGGCAGCCUCAGCAGCACCACCACAGCGACUUCUGGAGAGACCAGGAGCUCAAGCUCCACCGCAACGUCCGCCCGCAGCUGGGCUGCACCUCUGUGGAGGACUGCGCCACCAAGGAGGGGCUCUACCCCGUGGAGCUGCCCGAGUUCGAGGAGCUGCUGGAGGGCUACCUGAGCAAGCUGGAGGGCUCCUCCAGCGAGAGCAAGGACAAGAUCCGCAAGCUGACCGCCGACUUCUUCGAGGACGGCGUCUUCAUCCACGACAGGGUGCGCUUCGGGGACUUUGCCGAGGACGUGGCGGACAUCCUGGAAGACAUGGUGGACGUAUUGGCGGGCGGCGGGCGGAAGGACUCCGACUCCCUCGAGGAGGAGAUGGAGGAGUUUGAGCGGGAGGCCCUGUGGAAGUUUUCAGCCACAGCUUAGAAGCAAAGAAGGGUUUAAAAAGGCAUUAAAACCCAAGACGAACAAUUCAUGGUGGUUUUGUAGGACAUGUCUUCUUCUCCUCCUCUGAGCUGUGAUUGUUGUAGCUUUUGGUACGGACUCCUAAAUGUGUCCCUCAAAGUCUCUAAUUAUAAGCUAGACUGUGUUUGUCACUUUGGGCUUAGUUGUUGUCACCUACCUCUGUCCCGGUCAUGGCUCCCGCUUCAGCGUUAAGCGGCUACGCGAACUUUAGUUUGUUUUUGUUUUUGUUUUGUUUUUCUCUCUGCUUUUGCGUGCUUUAAUCGGUGCAUGUUGCAGUGAUGUGAAUUUAAACCCAGAUCAGACAGGAAGCAGGAAUUUGAUCAGUAUUACCCAGAAAAUCAACCUAAGCAGUGAAUCAUUUCCCAGUCCCAGAGGAGGAGAUCCUGCUGCGUACGGUAAUCAUUACCAGAUCAGGUCCGACCGGUUUCUUUGUCAGCAUUCUGCUUUUUUUUUCUUUCUUUCUUUUUCAGCAAACACAGAGAAAGAGGGAGAGACAGAUAUGUUUAUAAGCCUGAAGCAUUUUUUCUUUUCCGUUAACCUCACUCACCUCUGUUCUGCUCCUGUAGGGGGAAAAUAAAAAAAAUAAAAAACGCCACAGAAAUAAGACUUCUUAAAGCCACUUUAGCACUUUUCCUCAAACAUGGUCAGACACUGCCUUUGCUGACUUUUCAUUUCCUUCAUGGCUUUUUUUUUGUAACGCAUAAAGAGGCUCUUUAUUCCCGUGACAGUACAGUUAUUAACGUGUAGUAAUUCCUGGAGAACUUCCUUCACUUCAUCUGUUGACGCUCCAGAAUAUCCCCCCCACAACCCCCCACCCACCCCCAAAUCUGGUUUUGUGCAGAAAUAGGUUUGAGUUGACUUGCAUGCAGGUGAUUUAGAUGUAGUUUCCAGAGUUUAGAAUAUAAAAGACAUUAAAAGCAUUUUAUUUUCACACGUCGGGCAAGAGUGAAAGGACGAAAAACGGCCCAAAGUCAAGCCGGGAAAUUACGCGUUGUGUCCUUUUUUUUUACUUUCACCGGUUCCUCUUCUUUUUUUCUUUUUUUUUUGUUGAUGUGAAGUUUUAAAGUCGGCAGAAUGUGAUUGUGCUGAGAAGCUUUGACGUGUUUCCUGGUUUAUUUAUUCUGACAGACUCGGUCCUAGGCUGUUCACGCUGAAUGUGAAGGCGGCUCCGACUUACUUUGCGUAUACCAGCUGCUGCUCAUGUGCCUUUAUCACGAUGAAUUAUCUCCGACCGGACCAGAGGGCUCCGAUUUCACUGGCUUCUAAGCGGAAGAGGAAGAAGUUUACGCGACUUUAGUUUGUCCUGCUGUUUUAUAGGACGCGGCGUGAAUGUUACAGAGUUUACACGCGGGGCGUCGUGCCGGUUCACUUCUGGAGAUCUCCUGACCCCGAAGGGUUUGAAGGAAUCGGAGGGAGAGUUCAAACGAUAUUUCAAAAAUAUUUCUGUGUCUGCAGGGGCAACGAUAGGGCUGAACGGUCAACGCGGGACCUGGCUCGGAUGUGAAUUUAAUUGACCCCCGGACAAUUAUAAUUUCUUUCAUCAUCAGUUUCUGUCCUGUUUUUAUUAAAUAAAUGUUGAGUUCAAUAAAUUUUUCACCAUGGC